AUUUUAAUUUUCCGAUUUCAUAGCCAUGGCAUAAGCACAGCAACACUCGCCCAAUUUUAAUUUUCUUAAUUAUUUUUUUCGUCGUCACCAUUUCUCUGUUAUCUUCUCUCAAAUCCGCAGCUUCCACUUUCUCCCAAAUUCGAUAUCUCUGCAAUCGUUUUAGGGUUAGGGUUUCGAUCCCCUUUCUCCUUCAAUUUAAUUCAGGACUGCGGGACCUGAUUUUCCUCCCGUCGUGCUUUGGACGGAGGACGCCAUGGGAGGUGACGCUGCCGCCGCUGAGAGUGCCACGACGGAGUCGAACGCCGCCGCUGCCGGAGUCAACAUCAAUAUUCGCUGCUCCAAUGGUUCAAAGUUUUCCGUUCAGAUUACCCUCGAUUCCACCGUUGCAUCCUUCAAGGACAUCGUGGCUCGCAACUGCGACAUUCCUGCCGAUCAACAGCGUCUGAUUUACAAGGGUCGGAUCCUCAAGGACGAUCAAACCCUCCAAAGCUACGGUUUGGAGGCAGAUCACACUGUCCACUUGGUUCGUGGCUUUGCUCCUUCCAACACCACUGGUGGGACUAAUAGUAGUGGUGCCAAUACCACUACAACUAACACGAGAGGUGUUGGUGCUAAUGAGGGUGGUGGGGGUUUAGGAGGGCCUGGAUUUGGAGCUUCACUGUUCCCCGGGCUUGGUGGUAAUGGGAUGGGGGGUAGUGGCCUCAAUGGCUUAUUUGGAGCGGGCUUUCCGGACCUUGAACAAAUGCAGCAACCCUUUUUAUCAAAUCCUAACUUGGUGAGAGAUAUAAUGAACACGCCUGCCAUGCAGAAUUUGAUAAAUAAUCCAGAGAUAGUGCGGAAUCUUAUAAUGAAUAACCCACAAAUGCAAGAACUCAUGGAUAGAAACCCUGAGCUGGCACACAUACUUAAUGAUCCCAGCACUCUUCGUCAGACGCUUGAAGCUACAAGGAACCCUGAGAUCAUGCGCGAAAUGAUGAGGAAUACAGACAGAGCAAUGAGCAACAUUGAAUCUUCUCCCGAGGGAUUCAACAUGCUGAGGCGCAUGUAUGAAAAUGUUCAAGAACCAUUUUUAAAUGCCACUACAAUGGCGGGUAACACAGGAAAUGAUGGUGCAGCAGUCAGGAACCAAUCAACUAAUCCCUCGACUACUAAUUCUGAAGCAACUUCCCCUGUACCUAAUACUAACCCACUUCCUAAUCCUUGGUCCGCCACUGGAACUGGAGGUGCCCAAAAUAACACUAGAAGGGCAACAACUACUGGUGGGGAUGCUCGACAGCAGACACCCACUGGCUUAGGAGGGCUUGGACUGCCAGAUCUUGAAGGCAUGAUGGGUGGGAUGCCAGAUGCUGCUAUGUUGACCCAGUUAAUGCAAAAUCCAGCUAUUUCACAAAUGAUGCAAAGUAUCCUUUCCAAUCCACAGACUAUGAAUCAGCGUGGCAUGCCUGAUUUAAAUUCUCUAAGGGAGGUGAUGCAAAACCCAGAGUUUCUUCGUCUGUUUUCCUCACCUGAGACACUGCAGCAACUCUUGUCUUUUCAGCAAGCUCUUUUGUCUCAGCUUGGUCAGCAACAAUCAACACAGGAACCAGGUCAAACAGGUGGAGGCACUGGACCGAUUAACAACAGCUUGGGUCUGGAGAUGUUAUCAAGCAUGUUUGGUGGACUUGGAGCUGGUAGCCUGGCUGUUCCUAACAGAUCAAAUGAGCCACCUGAGCAAUUGUAUGCCACCCAGCUUUCUCAGCUUCAAGAGAUGGGGUUCUUUGACACACAAGAGAACAUAAGGGCUCUUAUUGCUACAUCAGGGAACGUUCAUGCAGCAGUUGAACGGCUUUUGGGGAAUUCUGGACAGUAGCAGGUGGUAAGGGACACAGGACUAGCAAUUAAAUCCCAAACGCUAGAAUCUGGUGUGAGAUAUUUGCCCAUUUAGCUUUCAAUUUUCGUCAUGGAUUUAUGUUUAAACAAAUCUAUUGAUUUUUUUCCCUUUCACAUGAUAUCCAGAAUUUAGUAUUACAUCCAAUACUCCAAUGUCCAAUGAUUAAAUUAUACCUUCAGCUACAUGAAAGUACAAGGCCUUUUGUACCAUAUACGUGUAAUUCUAACUUGCCUGUUUGCAAGGAUUGGGUUCAUAGAUACAUUCAAAAGAAGGGGUUUAUAUUGGAACAUGAAUUUAAAUAUAUAAUUUAUGAACUUUUGUUUGUCAUUUUAGUUGUUAAUCCUGUUGAAAAUCACAUAACGGUUAACGACUCAAGUGGCGAACGAGUCUUUUUAUAUA